AUUGCUUCAAAACAGGUGCAGUGGUUUUGGUGCGCUUGUGGCUCUUGAACCGAAAUCAGUUAGUCCAUACGCCAGUUUGUGUCUGAAUGUAGAUAUAAAAAAUGUUAUAGCAAAAAUAUAUGCUAAGGAAUCUAAAAAUUAUGUUGUCGAUUAAAGAAGACCGAGAAUCGAUACUUCCGCGACGACAAUUACUCACUAACUUUUGUAUGAAACAAGUGCAGUGAGACUUUGACCGCACCUCUUGACUUGUACACGAAAGUGCCACAUAGUGACGAUAAGAGGAAAGACAUAUUUUGCUCUGGCAAUGAAGUCACGCAUUAUAUUGUCCGACGACAAUCACGUUUCUUACGUCUUAUAAAACCUAAUUUUUCGGGAUUUUGGACUUUGUAUCAAGAUAUUUCCGUUGGGAAGGCACGGACAAAAAAAUCGCCGAAUACUUUUUUUUGUUUCUGUAAUCGGUAUUCAGUACCUUCUUAAGACUAAAAGACAUCUGUGAGCUACUCUUUGAAUCAGUUGACUGUCAUUCGUGAAAGCGAUCUGUGAUCUGUCCGAAAUACUUGUGUGUUCGAUGUUCACAUGUCACGACAAUUCGCGAAUUUAUGAAGUUACUGAGUAGAUUGUGGCGUCCUUUAUUACGUACGUUUUUCAUGACAUCUGAAUAUCGCAGCAUGAUUACAUCUGCUCUGAGGCCUGAAGUAGUUCUUUCGGAGAACAAUCGUAAGGCCACUAUCGAGAGAUUUCGUUCUUUUCAAUUGCCAAAAACAUCUAAGAAUAUAUCAGAAGCCGCUGUUUUAGUUCCAUUAUGCUUGUACAAAGGUGAACUUGGUCUUUUGUAUACAUUGCGAUCUAUGAAGCUUACAACCAACCGAGGACAGGUUUCUUUCCCAGGUGGUAUGCGCGACAAAACCGAUGUCAAUCUGCAGGAAACUGCUCUGCGAGAAACUUGGGAGGAGUUAAAAAUUCCCAAAGAGAAAAUCGACGUGUGGACUAUAGGCAAUCUCAUCGACAAAGGAACUGUUAACGUGAUGCCGGUAUUAGCUUAUAUCGGCGAAAUAGAACUAGAAAUACUUGAAAUCAAUCCCGAUGAAGUGGAGGAAGCAUUCGUCAUCAGUCUGCAAAAACUAUGUGACCCCGAUUUGUGUAGUUUUACGCGUUUUCAGAAGGAAGAUAUCACUCUGCCAUCUUAUCUGGGCGGGAAGUAUCGUGUCUGGGGGUUCACCGGUGCCAUUACGCACAUUGUGCUUCAGGCUUUGGUGCCAAAUGUCUAUAUGAACAAAGUCUCUCACGUGCAACCGCUUCGACAAAACGCUUCCGAAAAAACAAACAAGCAGUCUUUUAGUAUUUUGUUAAAUGUACCACACUCAAAAAUAUAAAAUAAAUAGGAAAUUAUUGUAAAUUUAAAUUUUAAUAGAAAAGCGACUUUCAUAUGUAAUAAAAAAAUUAAGUUUCUAUAAGUGGACGAAUAACCCAGGCAACCAGCUGACGUUAUAAUGACGUUAAUAUAAAGUCAGUUUUUGACCAGUUCGACGUUAGUUUAUGACG